AUGACCCUGCGUUUCGUUUUUGUGUUCAGUGCCUUCUUAGUCCUUGUCCAUGGAUCUUUUCUCCACGGAUCUUUGAAUGAAGCCCACCAGUCGGACAUUGUUGGUGCUGAAGCGGAGGCUCCCCAGGAAGGAUAUCUGCCGGCCGAAGAUGUGGCAGUGCCUCAUUCGCACCACCAUGAGCCAGAAGUAGGACACCAUCAUCACGGAGGACAUGGACAUCACUACCAGGCUCAAUCCCAUCACCACGAGCACGGACCCCAUCAUCACCUGGAAUCGCAUCAUCACCUGUCUGAGUCCCACCACCAUCAUCACUCGUCCGAGUCACACCACCUCAUUCAUGGAGCCCCUCAUCACCACCACCAUCAUCUAGAGGCUCCACUUCACGGAAUUCAUGGAGCUCAUGGAAUUCAUCACAUCCACCAUCAUCGCAAUUGCCAUGCCAUCCACUGUCCCGCGGUCCAUAGCCCAACCUACGCCACCGACGGCCACCUCUGCCAUAAAUUGGAAAACUCCUGCGAAUUGGCCAUUUUAAACUGCCUGCGUCGCAAUGAACUGAAGCCACUUCUGAGGCAUAUCAGCCAGCACGAAUGCCACCAUCUGCACAGAGCUCACCGAGCCCACUAA